AUGGAUUCUGUGCAGUGGAGGUUCAAAGUAUCUCCCUUCAUGGUUUGCUUGGCGUCGGCUUUCAUGCUGCGGGCACUCAGCGCUUUACCAACAGAUCGGUGUGAGGAUGCUGCGCUACUGCAAAGGACUCAAACUCUUGCAUCAGAAAAGCACGCCGCUGCAAACGACCUGGGAACUGUGAGCGCCUCCCUCGGUACGGAUGUCUGGGCGCAGACUUCGCGCAACGGGCGCUACAACAGGCGCCCGAUGCGGCGUUUCAGGAGGAGGCGGCGCAGGCCCUACGCGCGCAAGAAGUCCGCCGGGCCGAAGAAGUAUUACCCCAAGACCAGAAUGACCACGGCGACGACGACAGCCGUGAAGACCACGACCACGACCGCGGUGCUUUCGAACCCAACACCACAACCCUUGAAGGAUCCACCGGUUUGGCACAAUAUGUCCACCAGUGGGACAACCACGACUACGAUCGGGAUCGGGAUACUUCCCACAGGACCUCAAACGGGCCUUCUCCAGAGUGGUGAGCGGCAAACGUCCCGGACCGCACGGACCGCACCACACGGUCGGGAGUCCCAUGUCGCGGUCAUGGACUACCUGGAUCGGCUAUGGAUCUUCGGUGGCGACAUCUUCGGACAAAAAGGGUACUUCAAUGACCUCUUCUACUUGGACACCACUCAGGAUCCGCUACAAUGGGUCCAAGCUUUUCCUACUGGCACACUUCCUGAACCGCGAGAUCGUUUGACCGCCGUCACGGACACAGAGAAGAAAAAGAUGUGGAUUUUUGGCGGCGCGAACAAAACUGAUCUCAUGAACGACGUGUUCUACAUCGACCUGACCAAGGAUCCACUGGUAUGGGUCCAGGUGGCUGCCAGUGGUAACAUUCCGACUCCGCGCCAGCACCAUGUUGCAGCGAUGGACUCCGAAAACAAGAUGUGGAUAUUUGGAGGCCAUGCUGGUAGAAUGCAGCAAGACAUCACGAACGAGGUGUUCUAUCUCGACACCAGCAAGGUUCCUCCAGAAUGGGUCCAGGUAAAUGCCACCGGCUACAUUCCACCGGUUUCGAAGGCCGCCGCUGCCAUGGACUCCUAUGAUCGCCUUUGGGUCAUGGGUGGAACUCUCAAACCUGAUGCCAACCGCCCGAUCCUCAAAAUUGCGGACAAGUAUUUGGCGGACCUGUUCUAUCUUGACACUCGACAGGAUCCUCCUCUUUGGGUGAACGCAUCCACGAGUGGGACUGUUCUCAACCAAACGCCGGCAGAGGCAAUUGCCAACAUGGAUUCGAGAGGUCUGCUGUGGAUCUUCGGGGGCGCUGCGAUGGAAACGGUCGACGUUAACUGGGGGCGCACGACCUAUCCUUACUGGGCCCCCGCGUCAUUGGAUUCCGUGUUCUACCUCGACACGAAGCAGGAGCCACUGGCCUGGGUCCAUGUGGUCCCAGAUGGAAACACGCUGCCGAGGGAGCUGCAUGCGGGAAGAUGUGCCUCUCUGUGCCAAGGACUCCUCGACGACUUGGUGAUCCGAACCCCGACCCAGCUAAAAGCCAUGGACUUGGUUCGCACCGGAGAUGCGGACGACCAAGCCGAUGGGGACGACGGGGUGGUGAUCUCCAAAGCCAAGGGCGCCCUCCUCUUCGACGACCUGGUCAGCGAUGAGGAGCUCCCACCGGCGCGUGUGGCCCGGAAGAGCGCCCAGGAGGCGGCGAAGUGGAGCUUCGACACGCACGACGCUGAGGAGCGCGGUGCUGUCGGUGGCACCUCCUCUGCCCUGGAGGAGAAGAUCAGGGAGCGGCUAGAAUCCAAGCUUUCCAAAGCAGAAGGCAAGGCGAAGGGGAAGAAGGCCAAGGCCAAGAGCAAGAAGAAAGCGGCCAAGUCUGCAACGGAGGAGGCUCCACCGGAGCCCGCGCCGGUAACUGAGUUUGAUACUCCGGAGGCGCCAGAAGGCACUCCGGAGCAUCUGCGGACCAACAUCCACUUUGCAGACCUGCGGCUUUCUCGGCCGCUUUUGAGGGCCUGCACCGAGCUGAAGUUCGAGUGCCCAACGCCCAUUCAGAGGGAUGUCAUCCCGCCCGCGCUCAAAGGCACUGACAUCUUGGCCACAGCUGAAACAGGCUCUGGCAAGACAGCUUCCUUCCUCCUGCCCACCCUGGAGCGCUUGUGCCAAAGCCCGAGCGUACGGGCGCGGCGCAGGGACGCUGCCGGCAAGCUGGUUAUAGGACCUGUGGCGACCAAAGCUGUGGUCAUGAUCCCCACGAGAGAGCUGGCCGUGCAGUGCCACGAGAUGCUCAAAGACCUCGCAAAGUACACGAGCGUCACAUAUCAGCUGGUUGCUGGGGGCUACGUCGCCCAAGACCAGGCGACUUCCCUUCGAAAUCAGCCCGAUCUAGUGGUGGCUACACCAGGACGUCUCCUGGACCAUUUGAUGAACAGCCAUUCUGUCCACAUGGAGCUGUUGGAGAUUGUUGUCUUCGACGAAGCUGACAGGCUCUUGGAGAUGGGCUUCCGACAGGAGUGCUUGGAGGUGCUGAAGCGGUGCUCCAAGGGACGGCAGACGAUGCUCUUCUCUGCGACGCUGAAUGCCUCGGUUGAAGAUCUCGCAGCGCUGGCGCUGGUGAAGCCGGAGCGCAUACACGCCAGUCCUGUGAACGCCGUCGCCCAAACGCUCGAGCAGGAGUUUGUGAAGGCGCCCUCGGAAGAACUUCGCGAAGCGGCCCUGCUCAGCCUUGUGACGCGAAACUACAACAGCAAGGUCAUCGUCUUUUGCUCGACGAAGGAGGCGGCCCACCGCAUCGCCAUCGUUUUUGGGCUCUGCGGACUCAAGUUUGCCGAAAUCCACGGGAACCUGUCUCAGACAGAGCGUGCGACUUCGCUGCAGCGGUUCCAGCAAAGCCAGGCUGAGUUUCUGAUUGCCACCGACAUCGCCUCCCGCGGCUUAGACCUGCCCUGCACCAAGACGGUGAUCAAUUUCCACCUGCCAGUGGAUGUAACCCGCUACAUCCACCGGGUUGGUCGCACGGCACGGAUGGGCAGAACAGGGCGUGCCGUGAGCAUCUACACCCCGGAAGAGUACCCAAAGGUGAAGCUGCUUGGGCGCGAGUGUUCAAGCAAGGUUCAGUCGAAAGUGGUUCGGCGGAGUAUCGCUGCUGAGGCCAUCCAGCACUGGGCGGACAAGGUUGCCUCCUUUGAGGAGGACAUAACUGCCAUCAUCCAGGAAGAAUCCGUGGACAAGGAGUUGCGACUCGCCGAUUUGCUGACUCAAAAGUCCGACAACUUGGAAAAGCACAAGAAGGACAUUGCCGCACGACCAGCCAAAGAAUGGUUCAUGUCGAACAAAGACAAGGCGAAGUUGAAGCAGAGCGAGAAGGAGAGUCUGCAGGAAGCGGAGGCCAAGGCCUUGGCCGGGGAGGAUGAAGAGAAAGAGAGCAAGAAGAGGAAGAAGGGGCCUUUGACCGAGGAGGAGCUCCAGGAGAAACGCGCCCUGAGAAACAGGGCACGGCUCAAAGCCAAGAGGGAGGCUGAGAAAGCCGAGCGGGAGCGAGAGCAGCUCCGUGCGCGGGCCUCGGCCAAGCGAAGUCGCCGGGCGCAGCGCGACGCCGAGGAGUUCCCUUUGACGAUCGGAGAGCGCAUCUUCAAGCAGAAGAUGGAGAGGCGGAAGAAGAAGGGCAACAAAGGCAAAGCAGCGAAGAAGGGCAAAGCAGGCUGA